AUGAAGGUGAACCUGUCUGAUUUUCCAGAGCUUGGGAAGCUCGAUCUCCGUCGUACAAUUAACGUAGCAGGUAUCGAUGCUUCAAGUAUGGCGGACCAGGCAACGAGCGUGAUCAAUAGCGAGAACCAGAAUGCAGCUGAUGGUGUAGCUCAGGCCUCGGCCACCGCUCAAACAGCUGUCAGUCAUGCUAGUGAUCAGAUCACAAGCUUGACCAAUGACCUGAAAAAGAGCCUUCCUGCAUAUUACUCAAUAGGGCUUUGGGGUUUUUGUCAAGGUCAAUACGACGCUGCGCCUUUCUCCAACUGCUCAACGCCAAGCACUACUUUUACGUUCAACCUUCUCAAAGCCUUCGGCUCACUUUCCACUGAGAUUGAAGAUCUAUUACCAAGUGAUGGGAAAAAAUUACUUGCUGAAUCCCGUCAUGUUUCAGAGUGGACAAUCUCCGCCUAUAUCACCGGUUUCAUCACUAUGCUGUUCGCUGUCUUUUUCGGUAUCACAACCGUGGCUUUUUCGUGGGGUAAACUCCCUCUCAUAGCUUGUUCUCUGGUAUGGAAUGAACGAACUCUCUUCGGCGCGAUCUAA